UGGAUGGUUGUUGUGAUUAAAUUAGUAUCAGAAUGAAUAUCAAAUCUGCUCCAAUCACUAUUAUUAUGUCAUCUACCUGCAGGGAGAAGCCGGCCAACCUGGAGUACCUGGUGAAUCGGGUUUACAAGGAAAAGACGGGAUGCCAGGGCUGCGGGGCGAGAAGGGAGAGCAUGGUGUUGUAGGAAUGAGAGGAAUCAAGGGUGACCGAGGACCCAAAGGUGCUUGUGGAAGUGAUGGACCAAAAGGAGAGAAGGGCGAUGCUGGUAUUCAUGGGCGAUCGGGCUUACCAGGACGAAAAGGUGAACAGGGGGAACUCGGACCUUCUGGGGUCCCAGGGACACCUGGAAAAGAGGGACUAGUCGGUCCCAAGGGUGACCGUGGAUUUGACGGCCUGGCGGGACCCAAGGGAACGCAGGGAGAGAAAGGUGAAAGGGGUCCUUCUGGCGUACCUGGUCCUCCUGGAUCCAGAGGAGUGGAUGGGGCCCCGGGCCUGAGUGGGACUCAGGGACCAGCUGGCGCUAAAGGCCCAGAGGGGCUCCAGGGACAAAAGGGAGAGAGAGGUCCAAUCGGUCCCUCCUUGGUCGGUCCACGUGGUAUCCCAGGGAUCCCAGGGGAGCGAGGAGAACAAGGAGAUCUGGGACCAGAUGGAGCCAAGGGAGACCGAGGAGAGCCAGGCAUGACGGAGUAUGAGGUCAGAGAGUAUGUUCGCACUGAGAUGAGUCAGCACUGUGCGUGCGGAGGUGAGUGAGCCAUUUGACUGCAGUAGUAGCGAGAAGGGUGGACAGAAGGGCCGUGAUGUCACAUGAGUCACAGCGAUACUACACCGCGCAUACUGCCGCACAGUCUGUAGUGAGAGAUAGACGGACUGAGAUGAGUCAGUCGCAUAUAUGUUUUUUUAAAUUACCUCAUUAGGCCUUUGCGUGUCCUUUAAAUGAUUAUAUAACAUCAUUCACAUAAAAAUAACAUAGUUACUACUAGUUACCUAUUAUUAUGUUCUAUAAUAUAUGACAUACUUGCUACAAUCACCGCCAAGGGAUAGCAUUAAACGUUUCAAUAACGGAUUAAUUCAAAGCUGUCAAGCAGCACUCACUAAACAUGCAGUGUUGCUGAUAAUAAGGCCAAAACAUAUCUCUUGUGUAUGUAUAAUUUAUUUUUACUAUUAUCCAAGAAGCAGUUGUUCAUAUAUCUUUCAUUAACAUACAAAUGAAUGAUGGUUCUCUGCUGCAGUCUUUAGUUGAAUCAGAUCGGAUUUGACUCGAGACACGAGUUCAAACAGCAACGACUUGAGUCGUUAAAGGAUUACAAUCAGUCUUUGGAAGAUUGCCUCAUGGUGACCCGUCUUUCAAAAACUGUAAAUCCUUUCAGCUGGUGUGUAUGCUGCAACGGUGGAAUGAUUUUUGUGGUGCUUUAGCUUUUUUUAUUGUUGUUGUCUGUCUGAAGGUUUUACUACCAGAAUGUUCUGUCAAUCUGUGUUUUCCAUCAUCUUAACGCUUAUCUGGUAC